AUGCCACCAUGCAUUAACUGGCUUCAGCCUCUCCUCGCCUUGAUCUCUUCUCCUUUGGUCACUCGUGGUCACCACUGUCCACCACGCUGCUCAUGUGCAGACCACUAUACUGUGGACUGCAGUGGUCAAGGACUAACUAGAGUCCCAGAUGAGAUCCCUCUGAAUGUCCGCCGCCUGGUGCUCUCCAACAACUGGAUUUCCUGGAUACCAUCCGAUUUCCUGAUCCUCUACAGUGACCUCACAUAUCUCGACCUAAGGAACAACUCCCUCUCGUACCUGGACCCAGUAACCCUGAGCACAUCUUCAGGAUUAGUCUUCCUGGAUCUUGCGAACAACAACUUGACAAAAAUUGCCUCCAGGACAUUUAUGGAGUCCAGGAACCUGAUCAAACUACGACUAGGUAACAACCCCUAUCUAAAUAUGGUUGACACUGACGCUUUUUUGGGUUUGACAGCCUUGAGGGAGCUGGAUCUCCAGAGAAACGGCUUCACCUUGCUGGACGUCAGGGUCCUGGAACCCCUGCGUUCUCUUCAGAUUCUGCACGUUGAAGGCAACCCAUGGCUCUGCAACUGCAACUUUGCCAAGCUUUAUUUGUGGCUAACAGAAAACCAACACAAGCUGCCAACAGGUAUGGAGGGAAUCAAGUGCUUCUUGCCUCUGAAUGGGCAUCACGUUCCUCUAAGCUUACUCUCUGAAGACAGUUUUCGGCAGUGCCGCGGUGUCCUGGCACUGAAGGACUACAUCAUCGUCAUCUUCUCUGGUAUUUCCGUUUCGGUGGCAGCCAUUGUGACCAGCUUCUUGCUUGCCUCCACUGUAAACUGUUUUCAUCGCCUCAGCAGAGGUUGCAGAGGAGAUCAAGAGGAAGGGAACCAAUAAUGAUGAUGAUUGAAUGAUGACCCAAAAAGAUGACAUUUAAAAUGAACUGUUUUGUGUUUCAGAAGGGCUGGACAUAUACUAGACAAAUGCAACAGACUGAGUUUGAUUUGUUUUAUUGUGGGCUCAUUUCUCAUUUGAAAGGGCUUCAUGUGUUGUGUCGACAAUGAACAAUAAUUUGUAUCAAAACUUUAAUUUUAAUUAAGAGUUUUUACUAAGAUAUAAACCAUAUUUUGUAAAUCCCAUUUUUGUCAAACUGAUGAAAUGAUUUAUAAGUAACACUUGACGUAGCCCUACUUUCCCUUCCCUUCUCAACUUCAAUUUAUAGCUUCUUUUAAAAUCAAAUAUGAAGAAAAUGCUGGUAGCACAUUCUAAUUCCUUAACAUUUUGCAAUUCAAAAGUGUAUACACUUGACAGUCAUCUGUGCUGUAGGACAGAUGGCCACUCCCGUCUGAGGAUCUGCCCGAGAUAAUGCUCGGAGCAGGGCUGACAGCCAGCCAAUGGCCAUGCAGGUUUAUUAAGAUUCAGCGGCGGUGGUGUAAUAAAGAGUUUACAUCUGCGAGGAUUGUGUGAGAUUGCCUGAAAACAUGCAGUAUAAUGAUCAACUAAGCUGUUCAACCAUGAUUGAGCUUUCAGGAUCCUCACUUUACCUUACUGAAAACAGACAGGGACGCUAGAGAGUGUCUACUUCAAUCUAAUGUAAUUUUCAGUGAAUACAUUUUAAGGUUAUAAACAAUU